CUUCUUAAGGACAGAGCGCUGGCAGGUCGGCUGCGGGAAGGCGCAGGGAGCUCGGAAGCCGGCCUGGCCACCUGCCCUGGCCUUACCUGGAUCCCCGCCUGGACCCCCAUCGCCCUCAGCCAUGGCUUCCCCGCUCUCCUGGCUGCUCCGCGUGGCUGCCCUCUGCUCUCUAAUUGUGCCGCUGGCUGGACAGCACCAUGGUGUGAGCAAGUGCAACAUCACAUGCAAGGACAUGACCUCGAAGAUCCCUGAGAAACUUCUAGUCAGCUACCAACGCAAUCAAGCAUCAUGCGGCAAACCUGCCAUCAUCUUGAAGACCAAGAAAAACAGAACGUUCUGUGCUGACCCAGAGGAGGAAUGGGUCCGCAAAGCCAUGGAGAAUCUAGACCGAAGAGCUGCGGCGGCUGUUGAAAACCAUGGCGUAUUUGAGAAGCGGACCGGGGAUGAGCCCACCACCACCCUGGCCUCCGGGGACAUGGACAAGUCUGCAGGCUCCGAGCCCAGAGCCACAGGCGAAAGCAGUAUCCGGGAGACACAGACGGCCUUGGGGACUUCCCCGGAGCUGCCCACUGGUCUGGGUGGUUCCUUGGGGACCAGGUCGCCCAGCACUUCAAAGGCUCCGGUUGGAGGACCUUCGGCUGAGCUUUUCAGCACCACUGCCGUCACCAGAGCUUGGUGGAGCUCUUCUGCUCACCAACCUGGGUCGGACCUCUGGACUGAGGGAGAGGCCUCUGAAGUCCCCUCCACCCAGGCCACCUCCACCCAGACCUCCUCCACCCAGGCCCCCUCCACCCAGACCCUCCCCACCCAGGCCCCCUCCACCCAGACCCUCCCCACCCAGGCCCCCUCCACCCAGACCCUCCCCACCCAGGUCCCCUCCACCCAGGCCCCCUCCACCCAGGCCCCCAGCACCCAGGCCCCCUCCACACAGUCCCCCACUCUCUCACGCAGGGCUCCAGAGGACAAUACUGGGUCUGAAGGCCCAUCCAUGCAGAUCAGCACACAGGACCCCACAUCAGAGGGCUCUCUAGGGCCCACAGAUGCAUCCACGGGUGCCCCAUGGGACACUGGCAGCGUGCCCCAUGUCUCCACGGUCCUAACCCCCUCCGAAGAGGCCCUCCCCAGGAUGCCCGGGACCUCAAGCAGUGGGGGCCUCACGGCCAAGUCCGUCCUCAACCCCCAGGAAGCUACCAGGAGACAGGCAGUGGGGCUGCUGGCCUUCCUGGGCCUCCUCUUCGGCCUGGGGGUGGCCAUGUUCGCCUAUCAAAGCCUGCAGGGCUGUCCCCGCAACGUGGCAGGGGACAUGGUGGAAGGGCUUCGCCAUGUCCCCCGGAGCUGUGGCAGUAACUCGUAUGUCCUGGUGCCCGUGUGAGCUGCCCACCCGCCUGUGUCGAUGCACAACUCAAACAGCUGCCUGGGGUCCCCCACGCCCCCCACCCUCACCCAAGGGCCUGGCCCGAGCUGGGAUGACCGGAGCAAGGAGGCCAGACCCUUUGGGUGGGGCUGGGCUGCCCCCAGGUCCUGGGAAGGCCCCGGGGGCCACCUCGACCAUCACUAACCUAUUAGAAACAGGGUGUGGCCUCUGCAACUCAUGCCACUGUCCCCAGGUCAGAAAACUCUCUUCUGCUGCUGAUUGGCCAGAGGUCUCCUUUGACACCGUCCCAGCCCCAAUGGACAAUUAUUUAUUGAACGCUCAGCCCCUCGGGCCCGGGUCCCCACGUGGGUACCACGGUCAUCCCACCUCACGGUGAGCCUCAGACCAGGCCCUCUGCCCACUCCCUCCAACCUCAUCAUGUCUCUUGGUCCUGCUGCCGUCACCAGUCACCCGGCCACCUGCGGUGCUAUCCCCCCUGCCCCUUGUGCAGAGCCCACGCCCCAGCUGGGGACCUUUUUCUCUUGCAUGAGGUAGGUGUGCUGUUUGCUGGCACUGUUCCGCAUGAAGGCUCUGCCCUCAGUGAGGCGUCCUGGGAAGGGGAGAUGAAGUUCCCAGCCGCUUUGGUCAUUUCCCCUCCUCGGUCUGCGCUGUGUGCUGAAGGAACAUGGGCUCCGAGUGGGAAGCCUGGGGCCCCAGUCCCAGAGCCGCCAUCAGCCUGACGAGGCGUCCGUCCCUCUGGCCUCCCGUCUGUGAAAGGAAAGCUGGACAGCGGAUAUGUGGCGAUAACCUGUGCCCCAACUGUUGCCAUCCCUACGUGGUCCAGGGACCCCUUUCCCCAGACCCUGGGGACAGCCUCUCAGCUGUCCUCAGCAGAACACCUUAGUCCUUCUCUACCAAUGGGCGAAACGGGCACAUCCGUGGGCCCUGUCACCGGGAGAGCCCCACGGCCCAGUCCUGCCCUGUUGGAGGUGGUCAGCACUGUGGGCCCCCAGGGUGGGGCACUUGCGGGGCAGAGACCAACUUUUAAGGACCCUUUCUGACUUUGAGAACAGCCCCUCUCUGUGUCCACCAGGCUUACAGGGACACUGACACAGCCCUGGUGACACAUGACAGGCUGAAGGAGGCGGGGAGGCCUGCAGGCUCUGGGGAAGGCUGAGGCCCUCCAGAGAAAGGUCCAGAAUCCCGCAUUUGGUCUUUCUGCCUGAGGCCAGGGUUCCCUGAUCCCCUCUCUGGCUCCCAGAAAAAACUGCUCUCCGCACACCGUGUUCUCCCCAUGGUGGACAGAGCCAGAAAUGUCCCUGACAUUUUCUAUAGGGUCUGAGCCACUCAUGUUUCUUUCUGAAAGGAGCUCUGUCCGUGGAGGAAGGGAUGCUGUAGACGUGGGUUCCUUUCAGCUGCUGAGGACUCAGGCGGGCCGACCUGGGUGAGGCUGGAGGCCUGCCGGUCGGCCAGCACCCUGUGGUCGGAGCCGGACCAGCAGGCCUCGCCCUGCAAGGUCCCUGGCGGCAGCUCCCCCCCUCCCUCUGAUUAUCCCCAAGGGUGACCCUUGCCCUCCACCUGAGAAACCUCCCAGGGGCUGGGCUUCCUCCAGACACAAGUGACACAUUCCUUCACAGAUGGGUACUCAGAAGAAGCAAAGAAAGGACCGGGCCUCCCCUCACUCCACUGCUGGGCACGGCACCCCUCGUUUAGGCUUGGCUUGAGUUGGGGGGCACUUUGAGGGGGAUAGCAGGUCCGAACGCACUUUUUUUUUUGGCUCCUGCCAGCUGGGAGCCUUCAAGGGCUGGGGUCCCUGUGAUGGGGCUCCCCUCCUUUGUCAGAAAGCAGCUGGGGCAGCUGGUCCCUUCCAAUGACUUUGUCCCCCUCGUGGGACACUGACAAGAACAAUUGGGGGAGGGCUUUAGAAGAAGUUGGUUGAUCCUUUUGCUUUUCCGACCCUAUCACCAAUGUCUGUGCCAUUUUGUAUUUUACUAAUAAAAUGGAAAAGUCUUGUGA